GCUCGAAACUGUUGGUCAGUUGGUAAUGGGAGGCCCACCUCAGUUCCACCGACCACUACAACUGACCCGCAAGACGAUGAGACGAAAGAGAUGAAAGAGUGCAUUCGCAAGAAGAUAAGGAAGCGGAAGGCAGACCUGGAAAGGAAGGAAAAAGAGGAGGAAGAGAAGAAAAGGAGCGAGGAGGAGAAUAGGAGAGAACAGGAUAGACUGAAAGAAGCGGAAGCUAGGGAAGCUCGUAUGGAGGCUCGAUUGGUACGACUCUUGGCACAGCACACCAAGACAGUUGACAGAGGAGAAUCAUUAGUAGGGAAGAAGAAAUCUCCUAAGACCAAGGCGAGAAUGCUCCGGGAAAUCAGGAGUUAUCUCGUUGAAUCAGAUGAUGAUAGUGAGGAGGUUAGAGAGGAAGCUGGGAAACUGAUCGAGGCGAUAGAAAAACGAAAGGGGAAGAGGAGAGAAGUCGUGGGAGGUGUGGUUUCGAGGAACCAGCGCCAAGGUCUGCGCAACGAUCCGGUGAAGAUUGAAGAAGAUGAUGAAGUGAGAACACCCGCAGUCGGUAGGGGAGGAGUUGGACCUGAUGUUGCUAACAACGAUAUGUUAGAUUUCGCCAUUGAAAUGCACCGACAUUUGUCGGGGAAGAAGGUUCCGGAGCUUAGAAAGUUGUGUAAUCGUGAGGGUAUUGAGUGGUCCAAACGUGACGUGGCGAUCGGGGAACUGGUUAGGUGUAAGGCCAAGCUUGCCUACGGGGACUUCGUCGAGAACGGUAGGAUUUCCUCUAUUUUUGAAAGGAAGAACGUACUCCGUGAUUUGAUGAAGCGUCCUGGUAACAUUCGGAAAAUAUACAAGCUUGGCUCAGAAGAGAUCGUCAAUCUGUAUAGGACUGCUGGUUUGUUCAGCGAGAAGAAGACUCGGAAUCACUUGAGAUACAUGAUUUCGAACGUCGCGAGGAGGAAGUACGGUGUGGAAGUGCGAAGGAGACCAUGCAUGAAGAUUCCUUUUUCAACUACGAUUAGACUUGGGGAAGUUAGACGCAUUGCUACGGCAGCACUCACACAAGUUUUGCCGGAUAAGUACAUCCGUUCGUUUAUCGGGAGACGGGUUAGAGUGGUACUUAAGAAGAGGAUCACUGUGGGAGGAGUUCUUCACAACCACUGGUCGUUUGCAGAGAAAAGUGUGGGGAUAUGUGUAUGUCAAGAUCUGGAUUUACCCAGGAUUGAGGGGCAUGUCCAGGUUAGGAUUGAACACAUUCCUGGUGUCCCAACGUUUGUGGUGAACUCAAAGAACAUCACAAAGGGAGUGGGGCUAUCGGGAAUGAUGGUGGCGGAGUGUAUCAAGGAAGGUUUGAGGCCAUGGUCGAAAGGGAAGGUCUUGCAUCUGGACCAAGAUGAGAUUGGGAGGUGCGUUGAGGCCCGGAGGGCCGACUGUGGCAAAGCGAUGUCAGCGAGUGAAGUGAGGGAAGCCACAGCAGCUUACCAGAACUUGGUUGCCGUUCCCAUCGACAGGAACCCKGGCGCCACACUGCUCUUGUGCCCGCAUCUGUAUAUUAAGGCGUGUAGGGAGACGUUCAACCUCAGUGCRAGUUAUGUUGAGGAYAGGCGAGUCGAGAGUGARAUUCUAGCGGAGAUGAAGGAAGAGUACGAGGAGAAAGGGUUACGGAGGAUAGCCAGGUGGCAAUCUGCAGGCAAAGUUGGGCAAGCUUAUGUCCUGCCGAAGGACAAAGAUCUCCAGAGGUGGAGACCCAUAUCGCCAUGCACCAAUGAUCCUGCGAGAUUGGCCGGAUCGAGAGUAGGGAAGGCGAUUAGGUACAUGCUGUUUUGUUUGGAUCGGCGGAGCCACUUUGAUCUCAAGUCGAUGGAUGAACUUCGUGAUGUGUGCGAGCGGAUGGAGGGGAGGCUAGGGAAGAUUGCGGAUGCUGCAUUUGCCAGAAGUUUCGAUGUGAAGGACAUGUUUGCCAGAUUAUCUCAUUGAAGCAUUAUGGAAGCAAUCGCCUGGGUGAUUGACUACCACCAGAAGGGGGGGAUGGUUGGAGUGAAGGUAUGUGCAAGGGGGAAGGUGUGUGCCAUGACCAAGCGAGCAAGGAAAGAAGGAGGCUUUAUCUACAUCAAUUUUGAAGA